CCCCGAGGUCCCGCCCCGGGUCCGGAGGCCCCCGCCCCAGUCCGGCCCCCGUCGGGCCGGCGCUCUCACCUCGGCCGCGGCGGCGCGCGCUGGCACAGGACCCGCCCCGGCGGGCGCAGGCAGCGCGGCGGGCAGCCCCGGCCGCCCGGGAGGCCCCGCGACGAUGGCGGCGAUGGCGGCGGCGCUGCGGGCGCUGGGAGGGCGUUUCCGGUGGCGGACGCCGGCCGUGGCGGGCGGGGUGCGGGGCGCGGCGCGGGGCGCCGGAGCAGGUCAGCGGGACUAUGAUCUCCUGGUGAUUGGCGGGGGAUCUGGCGGCCUGGCUUGUGCCAAGGAAGCUGCCCAGCUGGGAAGGAAGGUGGCCGUGGUGGACUACGUGGAACCUUCUCCCCGAGGCACCCGGUGGGGCCUCGGGGGCACCUGCGUCAACGUCGGCUGCAUUCCCAAGAAGCUGAUGCACCAGGCGGCACUGCUGGGGGGCCUGAUCCGAGACGCCCCCCAUUAUGGCUGGGAGGUGGCCCAGCCCGUGCCGCAUGACUGGAGGAAGAUGGCAGAAGCUGUUCAAAAUCACGUGAAAUCCUUGAACUGGGGCCACCGUGUCCAGCUGCACGACAGGAAAGUCAAGUACUUUAACGUCAAAGCUGGCUUUGUUGACGAGCACACAGUUCGCGGUGUUGCCAAAGGUGGGAAAGAGAUUCUGCUGUCAGCUGACCACAUCGUCAUCGCUACCGGAGGGCGGCCGAGGUACCCCGCACACGUCGAAGGUGCUUUGGAAUAUGGAAUCACAAGCGAUGACAUCUUCUGGCUGAAGGAGUCCCCUGGAAAAACGUUGGUGGUCGGGGCCAGCUACGUGGCCCUGGAGUGUGCUGGCUUCCUCACCGGGCUCGGGCUGGACACCACAGUCAUGAUGCGAAGCAUCCCCCUCCGCGGCUUCGACCAGCAAAUGUCCUCCUUGGUCACGGAGCACAUGGCAUCUCACGGCACCCGGUUCCUGAGGGGGUGCACCCCCUCCCAAGUCAGGAGGCUCCCGGACGGCCAGCUGCAGGUCACCUGGGAGGACUGCACCACUGGCAAGGAGGGCACGGGCACCUUCAGCACCGUCCUGUGGGCCGUAGGUCGAGUUCCAGACACCAGAAGUCUGAAUUUGGAGAAGGCUGGGGUAGACACUAGUCCCAACACUCAGAAGAUCCUGGUGGACUCCCGGGAAGCCACCUCUGUGCCCCAUAUCUAUGCCAUUGGCGACGUGGUGGAGGGGCGGCCUGAGCUGACGCCCACAGCUGUCAUGGCUGGGAGGCUCCUGGCACAGCGGCUCUUUGGUGGGUCCUCAGCCCUGAUGGACUACGACAAGGUUCCCACGACCGUCUUCACCCCACUGGAGUACGGCUGCGUGGGGCUGUCUGAGGAAGAGGCAGUGGCUCGCCAUGGGCAGGAGCGUGUUGAGGUCUAUCACGCGCAUUAUAAACCACUGGAGUUCACAGUGCCUGGGCGGGAUGCGUCCCAGUGUUACGUAAAGAUGGUGUGCCUGAGGGAGCCCCCGCAGCUAGUGCUGGGCCUGCACUUCCUCGGCCCCAACGCAGGCGAAGUUACUCAGGGAUUUGCUGUGGGAAUCAAGUGUGGGGUCUCCUAUGUACAGGUGAUGCAGACCGUGGGCAUCCAUCCCACGUGCUCCGAGGAGGUGGUCAAGCUGCGCAUCUCCAAGCGCUCAGGCCUGGACCCCACGGUGACAGGCUGCUGAGGGUAAGCGCCAUCCCUGCAGGCCAGGGCACACGGUGCGCCACCACCAGCUCCUCGGAGGCCAGACCCAGGUAAGCAGGUGGGGCUGGUUCUGUGUGUGAGGACAGGGCAUGUGGCAGGGGCCAGACCUCCCCGGGGGUCACCAGACCCCGGCCGGGCUGCAGCCGCUUCCCACAUGCAGGAGGUGUUGAGAAACGGGGCUCAUCCUUAGCGGCCCAUCCCAGGUGGAUGCUGGUGGGGAAGGUGUCCCAGGCGGGCUAAGGUCAGGCAUCUCAAGUUGCUGCUCCACAGGGGGCUGCCAUCGGGAAGCCGGCCUCCCCCACCCUGGCCUGGCUCCUGCAGAGCUCGGUGCCAGCUCGUUUCCCUGUUGCCCAGAAGGUGGAAAUGCUGCCGGGUGACGGCAGCCCUGCCCGGCCCACCCCACACAUCUGGUUCUGUUCCAGCGCUGCAGAGCCAGGCUGGCCGGGGGCAUGUUGUUCAUCGUGAUCUCUUCCAAGGAGGAAGAAACUGGCGAGGGCUCCCGGUGUCCGUCCUGGGGACGUCCGUGCCGGAGCGGGGGCUCCCGGUGUCCACCCUGGGGACGCCCGUGCCGGAGCGGGGGCUCCCGGUGUCCACCCUGGGGACGCCCGUGCCGGAGCCCUUGUCUCUUGGUCCGACAGUGCCUCCUCCAGCCCGGGCUGCAGGGCAGGGGCCAGGGCGGGGUGGGCCCUCAGCCUGUGCCGUCCAGCCUACCUGGGGCACCCCCAUGGCAGUCAGCCUCUGCCAGGGUUGGGGGUGUUUGGCACCCUCUCUUCCCUGGGGCUGAGGUAGAGACCAGGUAGCGCAGUGGGCUCCCCCAGGAUGCCUGUGGGCAGGCUCCGGGGUCCAUGUGGCUCUGAGGGGCUCUGGGGAGACCUCUCUGGGGGCCACUUGGGGACCCCUGCUUCACUGCCCCUCCCCCACAGAGUAGGGCCGCCCUUGAUAGGGGUAAACAAAGGGCGUCCUGAGGAAAAAGUCUUAUCAGAACGUUGCACCUCCCAGAGCUGUUUUGUUAGGAGCCUGCUAUAAAUUUUUAUCAUUUAAAAAUAUUUUUGUAGGACUGCAUCAGUCCCUGUGACGCAUCGGCCUGGGGCGGGGCCACUGCAGGGUGUUCCUCUCCCAUCCCUCCCUUGGAGGUCCCUGGGUGUGGCAGCGGGAGACUCGGCCAGGCUGACGCGAGGGGUGGGUGGCUGCCCUGUGCUGACCCUCCUGUUGUCGCCAGGAUGGCUGCAGGCCAGGCUUAGGGGGCCUCGCCCCUCUCCUGCAGCGCCUGUGAGGUGGUCGGCGUGGAGCACCAGCGCUGGACAGGUGGGCCAUGUGCCCCGCAGGGAUGGCUCUGGGCUGUCCACCUCAUACCUGCACCUCUCUGCCUCUCCUGCCUGGCACCCCCCCCAGGCUCCUGGUGCCAGAUGAUGACGAUCUGGGUGGAAACCCAUCCUGUGGGCACCCACGUCCGAGCCCGCUGGCAUUUCUGUAAUGCAAAUAAAGAGGGUGCCUUUUCUGAA